UCAUGUGAAGAUUUUUUUGGCCAUUCGGCAUUUCCCGAAUUUGCGCAAUAAUUUGUGAUGUUGGGACUGUUGAAUUGUUGUUUUUCAAUUAUAUUGUGAAAUUUCUUAGUUCAAGCUGCCAAGCAAUCGUUAUAGAUUAUGGAUUACAGGGAAACUACGCGUUGGUAUUUGAGACGGUUGCAUCAGACCGACUACCUUAUUGUUAACAUAGGAGAGGAAACCGAUAUCAGCCGAUCGGUUCGUUCGGUUAUUGAGUUGAAUAAGAUACACUUCCAACAUAUUUCCAAGAGGCAUUGUAUUAUCAGCUGCCAAAACGGGGUGGCCACUUUGACGGACGAAACGUCCACGACGGGAACGUACGUAAACGAUCGCAAGUUCAGUCGUGAACAUCCUGGGUCAAUCAUCCUAAAGGAAGGCGAUCUCAUUGGUAUCGGCACUCCUUGUCAGCAAGAUGAAUCGUUCUACAGGACGAACAGCCAUGUGCUGUUGUUUCAGGUCUGCAAGGAUCGAAAUCGGAUCGUUCGACAGGGUGACGUUGAUAUGAUUCUGGGCAGUGAUGAGGAACCAGAAGACGUCAAGGUGUUCGCUUUGCAGCAAGUGCCACAGCAGAAGGAAAUUGCGGGUCCGGCAAAUCCCGCGAAAAGGGAUGAGCGUUUGUAUCGGAUUGUGGAGAGGAUUGAUUUGUCGUCGGAUGACGAGGCUGUGCAGUAUCUGGAAACGUCAGAAAGAGUAACUCGGUUGGACGAAAGUAUUCUCAAGGAAACAGAAAUAAAGUCUAAGGAGCUUGAAGAACAAAAGCGUCAGAAGGAAGAAGAAAAGAAUCGCCAAAAAGAAGUUCAGGCCGACAAAGAAAAUAGACAACAGGAAGAGGAUAAUGUCGAGAUUUCUAAAGCGAAAAAAGCGUCGAAGGAGGAAAGAGCGAAAUCAAAUGCCGUUGACGAUAAAAAUAGAGACGAUAGGCAGGAGAGGAAGUCAUCCAAAGAUAAAGACGAAAGGAGACAUCGAGAGCAUGAAAAAACCCCUAGAUCUCACGAUGAUAAAAAGAAAGGUCGUCACGAGCAAGCAUCCAGUUCUAGUCGAAGGCAUGAGGACCACAAAUCGCAUCAUAAACAUAGAGAUGAGAAGCGCGAACGCAGUGGAAGUAGUUCUAGUAAAGGCCAACCCGAAAGCCACUGGGAUAAGAGUAAUGGUCUCCACCGAGAUCGACAAAAGUCUCCCGAUAAAACCCCCGUUGGAGAUAUAAAGCUAAUUGACGACUAUUGUGAUAACAAUAACAAGGCAACGGAUCAAGUUAUAGAUUUAGAUGAGAUCGAUGAGCGUUUUCAAGAUUCAUACGCAUGUCUGAGUCCAGAACGUCCAGCAGCGCAAAGUAGUGCAUCAGCAAUAUCGUUGGACGACAGUGAUGAAGCUGAAGAUGAGGAAGAUUUCAGCGAACUGAGAUUAACGCAAUCUUUCUAUCGGCGAAUAAAGAAAGAAGCACAGGAGGUAGACACACAGGAGGAAGAUGAUCCAGAACCGGAGCAGCCGAUUGAAAGGCAAAUUAAAGUGGAAAAUGAUUCACCAAGAAUGUCACCUUUACUACUGGACGACACGCCAAUUUACAUCACUGACGAUGACGAGGACGACGAUUAUCUUGAAGAUUCGAAACGGUGGUUUCAGCGUUUGUCCCAAAGAAAUUCGCCCCUUAAAAGUAAAGCGAGAACAUUGGAAGAUGCUGAUCGAUUUAUUUCGGCACUACCCAGUGUAAAACCAAUUGAAAUUGACGAGUAUUGCUCUAGAGAUCAAGACAUCCCUGACGAUAUCCUUGAUAUAGUGCUGGAAGAACCAGAGGCAACAACAUCGCUUGGUAGCCCUGAACGGAAACAAUCGUCCUCUUCGACUACUGAUAAAUUGAAUCUUCCAGGAAUUGAAAAAGUACCAUCUCCCGAAAUUAGCUACACUAAAACUAGACAAGAGGAACGCGAUGAAUUUCUGGAUAAUUUUUAUGAAGAGUUAACGCAGGAAGAGAAGCAGAAACAGCCUGAUGCGUCGUAUGUUUCACCUAAUCUGAAAAGCCAAACAUCUUUGGAUCCCCCUGGAUCCGUUCCAUCAAUGACAGUUCCUAGUGGUUCCAAAACGACCCUUAAAUCACCAGAUGCUGGACGCACACCGGUGAAAGAAAAGAAUUCCAACAGUGCCUCUAAUGCCUGGAUUAGCAAGAAAAUUCCUGUUAUUGAGCCGCAUCAUAUAGUGAAACGAAGAAUGAGCGUCAGUGCAGCGUCUUUAAACAAAAAACCACCAAAGCUCGCCAAGCACUCUCCCGUUCGACAGGCGCCGCCGGACCUCACUAAAGAGGCUCGUAAGCAAAAGCUGAAAGAGAUAACUGCGAAGAAAAAUCAAUCCAACGAUGGUGAUUCGAAAAAUUCUAAAGCCUUAACAAAACCAAAGGUCAAAUUUACCCCCAGCAAUCGUGGAGCUUUCCUUACCGAGCAAGUUCCCGGACCGAGCAAGCCACCGAUUCGCCAGCAAUCGAGUUCUCUUGGCAAUGCUAUCGAUGAUGAUUUCAUUUGCACACAGUCCACCUCCUUGACAAACGUUCCAUCGAUAGACAAUAUGAUCGAUAUUGAAGUCAGGAAAGCCCCUAAGCUGACAUUCAAUAGUGUCGCCAAAGUUAGUCGCGUUGCCCAAAAUGCACCGGCUUUCAAAAUUCCCCUACGCAAAACAUCGGUCACACAGAAGCCAUCAUCUACCACUACACACGGAGACUCGAUUCUGUCCAUUUUAGAUAACAUCCACCUGCCUCCUACUUCGAAUCCCGUGGCGAAACUACUGCCCCUCAACAACAAUCAUAAGCCAGAACCUCUUCCUGCUGCAGUAUUCUCACCCAUCCGGCAGGGCCCUUCGCGAAUGAAAUCGAUUCUGAGAUCUCCGCUCGGACUGACCCGCAAGAUGACCCAGAAUCGUGUCAAAUGGAAAGAAUCGCUGACCGAAACACGCACAUUCGAAAUCGACGACGGAAACUACAUGACCGUGCAAACUAGAAUGUACAAGGACAAUAAUGAUUUUUUCCGAGAUAUGUCGCAAGAAAGCUGCCAGAAUGACAUCAUCCAGAAUAUAACCAGCUGGAAUGCGGAUUGGUUUGAUAAUCCGAUGGAUGCGAAAAUUAGCGGGGAGAAACUGUUACCGAUGGUCGAAGAGUAUGCCGAUUUUGAGGCCUACAAGCAAAUUGUGCUGCCUAUAUUGAAGACGGAACUGUUCCAUGACAUUCUGGGCCAGUAUGUGGAGGUGAAGAAACGUGCCCAGCAACCGAUCCAGAUGAAGGUGAAUCAGAUCCGCUCGCAGGGACGGACGUUUGUUCUCAAUUGUAGUGUGGAAAGUAACCAAAAACAGACCAUCAACAACAAAGACUAUGUGCUUAUCCUAUUCAGAGACAAAGGCAAUGGGAACGACGUGCGUUUCCCUGCGGUCGUGACUGGACGUCGUCAGCAAAUUCAAUACUCGGAAGAAAACGGCAUCAAGUUCUUCCAUUGUACAAUUGAAACCGCCAAGACUCCCAUAGCUCAACGGAUGCGGGAUGGUCAUGGGGAGAACUAUCGAAUCCUUUCGCUGACACAGAUUAAUCUGCACAUGCGGCAGUUCCACGUUCUGUUCAACCUUCAGGAUUCUCCCCUGUUGGAAAACAUACUCUCGCCGAGGAGUAACUUCUACAGCGUUGGUGGACAGAUUGAUCGACAUUCCUACAAAGGAAAGGUAAGUAUUGAUUGGCAGCGACGGUUUCCACGCGAGUAUCAACUAACGACAGAUCAUAUCCGAAAGGAAGCGCUCAACGUCCAACAGGGUGACAUUUUGCUGAGUGUGUUUGGACAGUGUUUGGACAUUUCCAGGCCGCACAUUAUGUUGAUCCAAGGACCACCUGGUACAGGUAAAUCCAGACUGAUCAGUAACUUGGUGCUGCAGCUGCGCAGGGGAAUUCCAGAGCGUCGAUUGAAAAUACUGGUCUGUGCUCAAUCAAACACCGCCGUUGAUGUAAUCGUGCUAAAAUUGAUGAAGUUGUUAAGGUUAUUGAAUAAGGACGAACGGUGUAAUAUGCUGAGGACUGGCGCAUCGACCAAGGUGAAUCCAGAAUGUAGGAUAGUGUUCCUUGAUGAUUUGGCACGGAAGCACGUCAACGAACAGAUCAAGUGUAGGAAGCUGAGAGAUGAAGAUCCCAUGUUCGAAACAUACUACUUACAGAAAGAAACGCUGGACAAGAGGAUUAAGUACCUUCGCAGUACAAUCCCUUACGGCGGCGGUAGUCUGUUGCAAAGUUCCCGCUUGCAGGAUGAAAUUGAUCAGCUGCAGAGUCAGUUUGAUAAAAUCAAAGGCCUGCUGCCGGGAAACGUUGACGAAAUUGACCUUCAUGACAAAGACCGUCGAAACAUGGAAAUGCAUGCCAAAAAGCAGUUUGUUGCUAAAGCAGACGUAAUCUGUACUACGCUUGGCAGUUGCGGAGGCCUAACAGAUUACAUACAAUCGCUGAAAUUCGAUGUCUGUAUCAUCGACGAGGCAACACAGUGCACAGAAAUAGCUUCCUUCACCCCUCUGCAGUUUGACGUGAAGAAAUUGAUCCUGGUAGGAGACGUCAAACAGCUACCGCCCCUAGUGUUUGGUAAGGAAUGUGCCGAAGCGGGUCUAAAAAAUUCUCUAUUUUCGAGAAUUCAAAACUCCUUCAUCGGCACAAGCCUGGAAGGUGUAAAAAUGCUAACCACACAGUAUCGAAUGCACCCGGAAAUUCUCAAAUGGCCAAACGAAUUCUUCUACGAUGGCAAGCUAACGAGCGAUCCGAGAGCGACCAAGUGCGAUGGGUUCCCCUUUAAGCCUUACACCGUCUUCAGUUUGGAGUGUCAGCAAAACCAAACACAAAUGGAACAUCAAAUCUACAACAAUGAAGAAAUUCAUUUUGUGCUUAAGUUACUGACGGAAAUCAUGCAGUAUUGCGAUAGACACACAUCUAUCGCAAUCAUUACGCCGUACACUCGCCAUAAACGUGAGUGUGAGAAGUUCCUGCACGCGAAGAGUAUAACGCAGGUGUCGGUGCUGUCGAUCGAUUCAGUACAAGGGCAGGAGUAUGAUGUGGUGAUCAUCUCCCUGGCACGAACGAUCGGCACUGGAUUUCUCGGCAAUCCUCAACGGCUCAAUGUGGCGUUAACGCGUGCGAGGAAGUGCCUGGUGAUGUGCGGAAACUUUUAUGAUUUGAGGGAUGCGAACGUGUGGUCGGAGUUGCUGAAGGAUGCCGAAGAGCGACAAUUGCUCUAUCACAUCGAAGAUGACGAUGAGUAUGACGAUGCGGAUACCUUUGUGGAAAAAGUGAUGCGGCAUCUGCGGAAGAAUCCGACAGCUGAUGCCAUUGUUUAGGGUAAAAUUACCACAGCUGAAGACUGAAUAAGCUAUGCCUUAAAAGUGUCGAAUUCCAAAGGAUACCAACGAAAUCAAUAGUUUGUAUGGCACCAAUUCGCUUAAUGCUCAGAGAGAGAGUUUUAGAUGUUUUUUUUUAAAUGUGUACAUAUAUAUUU